CCGCCGUCCUGCUCCACACACUGACUCCUGUGACUUUCGGCAGCGCCCGGCCUCUUCCAUCCCCAGUGAGUACGUAGCGGCUCUAAACAACUGAAGAAAUGGCUGUCGUGAGUGGAACGUUCCGUAUGGUGUCAGAGGAGGAGCAGGCUCUCAGGGCCAAGCUGGAGCGCCUCACGGUCAAGGACCACGGUCCCGUGUUCGGACUCUGCGCCAAGUUGCCUGACCACACAGUGCAGAAGGCCAAGGAUGAGUUGAAUGAGACAGACGAGAAGCGGGCGUUGGCGGUCAAGGAGCUGAGGGUAAUUAUCAAGGAGACGGCGGAUGCUGGUGAUGACCUGGCCAAGGGGGUGCUGGAAACCUUCGGAGAGAAGCCUGACGGCAUGCUGGUCCGCUUCAUCCGUGCCAGGAAAUACGACGUGCCCCGAGCCUUUGACCUCAUGAAGGGUUAUGUGCGCUUCAGGAGAGACUAUCCUGAGCUGUUCGAGAACCUGACCCCCGAGGCUGUCCGCAGCACCAUCGAGGCCGGCUACCCAGGCAUCCUGUCCAGCAGAGACAAGUACGGCCGUAUCGUGCUGCUCUUCAACAUCGAGAACUGGGACUACGAAGAGAUCACCUUCGACGAGAUCCUCCGUGCCUACUGUGUAAUCCUGGAGAAGUUGCUGGAGAACGAGGAGACUCAGAUCAACGGAUUCUGCAUCAUUGAGAACUUCAAGGGCUUCACCAUGCAGCAGGCCUCCGGCAUCAAACCCACUGAGCUCAAGAAGAUGGUGGACAUGUUGCAGGACUCCUUCCCUGCCCGUUUCAAAGCCGUCCAUUUCAUCCACCAGCCCUGGUACUUCACCACCACCAACAACGUGGUCAAGCCACUCAUGAAGGGCAAGCUGCUGGAGAGAGUGUUUGUCCACGGAGACGAGCUGGACAACUACUACAAGGAGUUUGACGCCGACAUCCUGCCUUCCGAGUUCAACGGCAAGAACUCCAAGUACGACGGCAAAGCCAUAGCAGCCAAGCUGUUCGACUGAACACGCCCUCCUCGCCAUCCGCCUGAACACGCCCUCCUCGCCAUCCGACUGAACACGCCCUCCUCGCCAUCCGACUGAACACGCCCUCCUCACCAUCCGCCUGAACACGCCCUCCUCACCAUCUGCCUUAGCUAGGCUUGGGGUUAGUGUUAGGAGUUAGGUUAAAGGGUUAAGGUCAGGGUUAGGGGAAGGGUUAGCUAAUAUGCUGAGUAGUUGCAAAGUAGCUAAAAAGGGGUAAUUAGCUGCAAACAUGCUAAUUAGCUAAAAUGCUAAAGUUGUCCGUGAUGAGAUUGAAACACACAACCUUUGGGUUGCUAGACGUUCACGUCAUACACCACCCAUCCACUCUGACCAAUCACCCUACAGUAACCGUCUGUCUUAUGUAACCAUACCAAACUUAACAUAUCAUACCAAUUUGAGCAUCUCAGAUUUACAUUUACUCUGUUACAUCUAAUCUAUGAGACCAGGCUGACCUUUGGCACAUACAGCUAGCACUAGUUAAACCUGAUAGGACCCAGUUCUCUAUCCACCUCCCUUUUCUCCUCAGGGUGAUACAAGGCCAUGAGUCAAACAAGUUCCUGUCUCUGUUUGUUUUUGACUGUGCUAAGAGAUGAAUAUCAGCAGUUUUAUCCUCUGUGGAUCAAUGCAGAGGCAUGAGCAUGUCACCACAUUGUGGACAAUAAACUGUAUGAAAA